AUGGCCGUAUCGGAAAAACGACGAAUCAUUCUCAAUGCGUUUGACAUGUUCACGCCCAGUCAUCUGUGCUUCGGCCAGUGGCGCAGACCCGACGACACGGCUUCUGACAAGUUUAGUGAUCUCAGCUACUGGACGAGUCUAGCACAAACACUUGAGCGAGGAGACAUCAACGCAUUGAUCCUUGCAGAUACGUACGGCCAGCAUGAUAUCUACAAAGGAAGCGCAGAGCCAACCAUUAGAACAUGCUGCCAGUACCCAAUGGGAGACCCAGCUGUGCCAGUGACUGCAAUGGCUGCAGUGACGAAGAACCUUGGGUUUAUCGUCACGACAAGCACAAGUUAUGAGGCUCCAUUCGUUAUCGCGAAGCGCUUCUCAACUCUAGAUCACCUUGCUAAAGGGCGAUUUGGAUGGAACAUCGUGACUUCGUUCAAAGAGUCGGCUGCAAAAGCAGUUGGUGUGUCAUACGUCGAGCAUGAUGAGCGGUACGCAGUUGCGGAUGAAUAUGUUGAGCUUCUUUACAAAAUAUGGGAGGGCUCUUGGUCAGAUGAAGCUCUGAGGAGAGACAAAUCGAACGAGAUUUAUGCAGAUCCUGAUGGUAUUCGUUGGGUCAAACAUCAUACUUCGAGGUUCAACGUGGAUGCGCCGCAUAUUUUGCACCCGUCCCCUCAGAGGACGCCAUUUCUUCUUCAGGCGGGGACAUCCUCCGCUGGAAUUGCAUUUGCUGCUAAGCAUGCUGAGGCUAUCAUGGUAUCAGGGCUCUCACCCCACAUCCUGGCACCACGUGUGGCUGCCAUCCGCGAGAAGGCAGCAGAGUUUGGCCGCGAUCCUCGUAGCGUGAAGAUAUUUGCAGUAGUUACCCCAAUCAUCGGCCGAACCAAUGAGGAGGCAACUGCCAAGUACGAAGAGGCAUUGAAAUACGCAAGCUUCGAGCCAGGUCUCGCAUUCUUCUCCGGCAAUGCCGGGAUAGACCUUUCCGAGUAUGAUCUUGAUGCGGAGAUCAAGCCCGAUGAUGCCAAGAUUGAUGGAAGAGUGCACUCGCUUGUCAAUAGUUUGAGGUACCGAGGUGACGAUAUUCCUACUUGGACACCUCGAAAUAUCGGAAAGGCGAUGGCUAUCGGUGGCAAUGGGCCGGUGCCUGUAGGGUCCGCAUCACGGGUAGCUGAUUUUCUGGAGGAAUGGGUGAAAGUGGCGGAUCUUGAUGGCUUUAACGUUGGAUACGUGACGAGCCCCGGGAGCUUUGAAGACGUCGUAGACCUGCUUGUCCCCGAACUCCGCCGAAGAGGUGUCUAUGCACCACUGGGCGAAAGCGGCACCACGUCAAACUUUAUCUUUCGCGUUACUAUUCACGAGAUGGAAUCAGAAACGGCUUCUAAAGGAGACAGUUUUCAACAGCCAGAGGUUUCACAUGUCACCAGCACGAAAUGGCAACGAGUUCAGGAAGUGAUUUGGGAUGGCCCUCGGUCGAAAGACGAGAAACGGCUUGUUCAAAGACUUGAUCUGUUUGUCUUGAGUUGGGCAACCUUCGGCUACUUUGUCAGACUACUCGAUUCAAGCAACAUAACCAAUGCCUACGUUAGUGGCAUGAAGGAAGAUUUGAAUUUCGAAGGCAACCAGUACAAUCUUCUACAGACGUUCUUCACCUGCGGCUACUUGGUGGGCCAGGUUCCGUCUCAGUUUCUUCUCACUCGCGUUCGACCCUCGAUAUAUCUUCCAAUGGCUGAGCUUCUGUGGACUAUUGUCACAUUUUGCUUCUCAUCUGUCCGAAGCGUUCGCCAAGUCUUUGCUUUGCGGUUUCUACUGGGCCUGCUAGAAAGUCCCUUUGCAGUGGGUGUUUUGACAAUCAUGGGCAGCUGGUAUACGCCCAGAGAACUUUCUAAACGCAUAUCGAUCUUUUACUCGGCUAGCUAUGCUGCCAGUAUGUUCAGUGGAUAUCUUCAAGCUGCUAUCUACAAAGGUCUUGACGGGGCAAGCGGCUUACCUGGUUGGCGUUGGCUGUUCAUAUUCUGCGGCUUCAUUUCCAUAUGGGCACCACUUUGGGGCUUCUUCGCCGUGCCGGACAGCCCGUUCAUCACGAAGGCUCGAUGGAUGCGGCAAGGGGAGCAAGAGAAGCAUAUACGCCGCAUGGAGGCGGUAGACCGGAGAAAGCCAGAACCACUGACCAAGUCGAGAGUCUGGCAGAUAUUUACUAAUUGGCCCCUCUAUGUCUUUAGCUUUACGUUGAUAUGUCAUUGUGUGGUAACGCAGCCACUCAACUACUUCUCCGUAUGGCUCAAAUCUUUAGACCGUUUCACAGUCUACCAGAUCAACCUUUUCCCUACAGCUGCGCAGGCCGUUGGGUUGGUCACCACAUUGCUUUAUGCAUGGCUUUCUGAUGGGUUAGAGAAACGAUGGCAAGUCCUGCUCAUACCCGCAAUCAUCAAUUUGAUCGGUAUGAUUAUGGUCGCUAUCGGGUCAACCUAUGCUCUGACAUUCGCUGGGUAUCUCAUCAACGCGGCUUCUUGGGGCUUUUGGCCGGUACUUUACGCAUGGGCCAUCGAGAUCAUGCAUAAGAACAUGGAGGAGCGAGCGGUAGUCAUUGGAAUCGCUCAGACCCUUGGUCAAGCUUUCAUCGCGUGGGUUCCAGUGGUUAUUCUCGAUGUUGGGAAAUAUGCUCCUUCGUUCCACAUGGGAUUCUCCAUCAUGUGCGGCGUAAGCGUCCUGGAGCUCUCAAGCAUCUUUCUGAUCAAGUACUUUGAAGAACGUGAGAAGGCUAAAGAGGAGAGGGAGUCAUUGAGCGUUUAA